AUGGUCUACUUUCCCGGGACCGAGUACCGCUCGCAUACGAGCUGCAUGACCGAAGAACAGAAGUACCAGGGAGCUCUAUACAAACCCAAGAAGCAAAAGCCGAACCACGCAGAGCCACGCGCAGGACCCUCGGAGCCUGAAGCCAAGAAGAUGUCACAGCGCGCCUACGUCGAGGAUGUUACGGAGGAGUAUGAGGCGUAUCGCGAUUACGAGAUCCACGAUUCUGAUGACAACAAGUCUACCGGAGACCUACCGCCGGAAGCGCCAACUCCGCCGCCUGCGGUCGACACCAAUGUGAACGUCUUCGAUUUCCUGGUCGCAGCAACACCAACUGCUUCCAAUAUCAACCUACCAACCAAUGGUGACGAGAAGUCACUGGUCCGCUACGACCAAGGCGCUGAUGCAUUUGUCGACCCUACUGGGUACAUGGUUGACGAUGAGGACAUGGUGGCGCACUAUGGUACUGGUUCAAUUCCCGUGCACGGCGAAUUUCAGACGCCCGCGCCCAAGGGAGAGCGAAAGAAGAAGGAUGGGGACAAGAAGGAUAGAAAGCGCAAGCGCCUGCACAUCGAGACGAACAGCCCUUUGGCAAUCGACAAUGGGCCCAGCGACGAGGUCAUGACCGAUGCGCCGCCCCCGGAACUGCACUCAGGGCUCACCGGUGGCCUCAACAGACUGAUGCGCCCAUCGCAAUUCCCCCCGUCUCCCGACUAUUCUGGUGGUGAUGGCGGCGAGCACUCGCCAGCCAGUCCUAUCAAAAAAUCCAAGCAAUCGAAGGCCAGCAAACCCAGCCGGACAGAGAGCUUCGGAAACAACUUGAAAGCGUUGAUGUCAGGUUCAUCCAAGACUACAAAGGUUUCGAAGAAGAGGAAACAUUCCUCGGAGCGAAAGGAGAAGAAGAAGCGUACCCACAAGUCCGAUGGCGAGAAGGCCCCAAAGUUGAUCGAGUACCGCCCUCAGAGUGCCGACGGCAAGGACGGUGAAGGCCAACUGGUGGUUUUCAAGCCAAGAUCUGAGGUGUUUCUCAGCAUGUGUACGAAGGGCCCGGACAGUGAGCGUGGCUACAGCAUGAACAAGGCACUGAAGCGUUACCACCGCGAACGAUCAGAGUCGUCAUCUAGCCUUGGCAAGUCGACAGAAGAGAAGGAGCUCUGGCGGUCGCUGCGUAUGCGACGUAAUGAGCGAGGCGAGAUCGUGCUUUUCUCUAUCUAA